AUGGGCGUACCGGACCCCACUGUGAACAUGAGCGGUGUGGCAGCACACGACCAACCUCUUUCACAGCCACGCUCGAGUGGACGUAAACGCAAGCCUGUUUCGUACGCCGAAGACCAGCCGUCCGAAGGUGCCGAGUCUCCAGUUAAGAAGCGGCGCAGCAAAGCUGCUGCGCAGAAACUGCCCACUGCAACCGUCGACAAUGCCGACGGCAAGAUCUCAGCACCUAUUUUUGCACAUGACGUAGUUGAGCUGACGAUCAACAGAUUCCGCGACAAGGCGCCUCAGUCGUUCAAUGCUGUAAAAGAGCGAGCACUGACACAGCGCAUGUUCGUCAUCGAACGCUCUCGUGGCGGAACAGACGAUUGCCCGGAAGAGAACGUCGAAAUCGCGGGGACAACUGGCAACGUUUACAACGUCAACAUCUCGCUCCUCCCUAGCUGCACGUGCCCGCACGCAGCCAAAGGCCAUCAGUGCAAGCACAUCAUCUAUGUGCUUAUCCGCGUGCUCAAGGCCCCCCCGCAACUUCAGUACCAGCUUGCUUUCGUCUCAUCCGAGCUCAGAGAUAUCUUCUCUGCAGCACCGCCGAUCCCCUCGGGCGAUACCGGCGACAAGGAUAGCGGACGGAAAGCUGUAGAAGGCGACUGCCCUAUCUGCUGUGAGGAAUUCGACGAUAGCGAAGAGAUUGUGUGGUGUAAAGCUGCCUGCGGCAACAAUGUGCACAAGUCAUGCUUCGAGCAGUGGGCUGCUACCAAGGGAGGUCACAAUGUGACUUGCCCAUACUGCCGCACGCCUUGGACUGGGGAUGAGGACAUGCUGAAGAAGGUUGUCAAGGCGGGCGAGAAGAAUGCCGAAGGCUAUGUCAAUGUUGCUUCUCAGCUGGGACUGGAUGGCGAGCGAGACUAUUCCACCUACCAUCCCUUCUGGGUCCGCAGGCAAGCUUGUAAUGGUGCCAUUGACUCGUCCUGGAGGCGAUUCGGGCUCUGA